GCAGAAAGGAGAAGUUACAGAGGAAAGAAGAAGGCAAAUGAGGAAUAGAAGAGGCUAGGUUCUUCCACUUUUCUGAAGAAUUAUCCCAAGCACCAUUGCACCAUCCUCUUCACAGAGGAACACAGCAGAGCAUAUAGGAUUGGAACAGACUUCCAUAGGACUUAGACAAGAGAUGGCCUUAAAGAAAGUGAGAUCCUUCUUAGGAAUUCAGUAACACUUGCCAGGAGAAUGCCUUCUAUCAAUGACACCCACUUCUAUCCCCACUUCUUCUUCCUGCUAGGAAUACCAGGCCUGGAAACUUUGCACGUCUGGUUUGCUUUCCCAUUCUGUAUUGUGUACCUGAUUGCCAUUGUGGGGAAUAUGACCAUUCUUUUUGUGAUCAAAACUGAACACAGCCUACACCAGCCCAUGUUCUACUUCCUGGCCAUGUUGUCUGUGAUUGAUCUCGGUCUGUCCACAUCCACCAUCCCCAAAAUGCUAGGAAUCUUCUGGUUCAACCUCCAAGAGAUCAGCUUUGGGGGCUGCCUUCUUCAGAUGUUCUUUAUUCAUAUGUUUACAGGCAUGGAGACUGUUCUGUUGGUUGUCAUGGCUUACGACCGCUUUGUUGCCAUCUGCAACCCUCUCCAGUACACCAUGAUCCUCACCAAUAAAAUCAUCAGUAUCCUAGCUUCUGUGGUUGUUGGAAGAAAUUUAGUUCUUGUAACUCCAUUUGUGUUUCUCAUUCUGCGUCUGCCAUUCUGUGGGCAUAACAUCAUACCUCACACAUACUGCGAGCACAUGGGUCUGGCCCGGUUGGCCUGUGCACCUAUCAAGAUCAACAUAAUCUAUGGGCUCAUGGUGAUUUCUUAUAUUAUUGUGGAUGUUAUCCUGAUUGCCUCUUCCUAUAUAUUUAUCCUUCGAGCUGUUUUUCGCCUUCCCUCUCAAGAUGCCCGACUAAAGGCCUUCAACACCUGUGGUUCCCAUGUCUGUGUUAUGCUGUGCUUUUACACACCAGCAUUUUUUUCUUUUAUGACCCAUCGUUUUGGCCAAAGCAUUCCCCGCUAUAUCCAUAUUCUUUUGGCUAACCUUUAUGUGGUUGUCCCACCUGCCCUUAACCCUGUCAUUUAUGGAGUCAGGACCAAGCAAAUCCGAGAGCAGGUUGUGAAAAUAUUUGUACAGAGAGAAUAAUUCUGUGAUACAGUUUGGAUAAAUAUAUCCAUAUACAACCCAGAUAAUCAUCAUCUGAGCUCCAUUUUUAACCUUCUGUAAUGGUCAUGCUUGUCAGAUUUUUUCAUUUUGACUAGCAGUGGUUUAGUGUUGACAGAUAACACAAAGCUAACUUUGCUGACCAUUUCUCCCACUUCCCUCCAUGUACCUGGAAAAAAGCUAAAGAUUAUAGAGAAGGCAACUAUGCUGAAGGUUGAGGUGGCUUUGGAGUAGAAUUGCUUGCAAACAAGGGUGAGAGGUAGCUCCAUUUUUUCCAUAUAUCUUCUCUCUAGGUGAAUUUAGAUCCUG